AUGGAUCCUGCAAGGACUCUUAGAGUGGACUAUCUUAAAUUAGAAAAUUUUGACGGUUCCAACUUCAACGCAUGGCGUCGGAAAGUGAUCUUCGGUAUGCAACUCUUGAAAAUCUACUAUGUGAUCUUUGAGGAGAAACCUGACUUUGAAGAAGAUGCUGAAUCUGAAGCCUCUUGGGCUAAAGAUGAUCACUUCUGCAGGAGUUAUCUCCUUAACUGUCUGACCGAUCAUCUGGCAGAUGCUUACAUCAACAAGCCUUCUGCAAAGAAAAUCCAGGAUGCUCUGGAGGACCAGUACAAGGAUGAGGAGAAGCUGUCCAAAUCUCACCUCAUUGAUAAGUUUUUGGACUUGAAGUUCGAAGAUGACACUGAGAUUUUGCCUCAAGUUAAAGAACUUGAAAAGCUUGUUAUGAAGCUGAAGGAUGAAAAAAUCAGUUUUUGUCAAACAUUCAUUUCUGGUGCAAUUAUCAACAAACUUCCUCCAUCUUGGAUGUUAUUCUCCACUGACAUCCAAAGAAGGAAAAGACAGGUGACUCUGUUUGAUCUGAAGAGGUUCAUUCAGAUCAAGGACGAGACUCGGACUCGCACGAUAACUGAGCUCAUUGCUAAGCAGAAGGCGUCUCCUAACAUGGUGGCUGCUAACUCUGAAAAGGGUAAUAAUUCAUCUUUCAAGAAGAAGAAGUCUUUUAACAGAAAAAAGAACCAGAAUCCAAAGAACCUGAACGUUCAGAAGAAGGAGUUCAAGAAGAGCGGCAAAUGCUUCAAUUGUGAGAAGCAAUGA